AUCACCGGGUCGAUUGACAUUGUAAUUGGUUUUCGUGACCAUCCAAAUUUGGAAAUACAGACUCGGUCUGAAUUAUUCUAGACUCUUUGGGAGACUUGUUGACAAUAGAACGCAAAUAUAUGGAAUAUGGCGAGUGGUGGAAGUGAAAGCGAGGCUGUAAGCUAAGUGAAUGCGGCAAUGGCAACUAAUCCUGUUGCCCCUGUAGACUCGCCCGUUAGAGAUUAAAAAAGUUUGGCUCGGAGCUUUGAAGACACGCUUAUGAACGUAAUGUUUUAAGUGGGAAAGACAAAACAAGCAAUGGCUUCAUAUAGCCCUAACCUGGUAGAAAAGAAAUACAAUAACUGGGUUAAAGCUCAGUUAGCCGUUUUGUUUACUAAAGAAGGAGUUGAACCUUUUGUUUGUAAUGAAAUCCAACAAUUUCAGUUAAAAUGUUUACAUGAUAUAUGUUACCUAAAUGGCUUAUUUAGUGGGACCUGUUGUUCAAGUUGUUGUACGGAAAAUCUUGUAAAGUGUCCGACAGCUCGAGUGUGUAAUAUUGGGCGUGGGAAAUGUACGUUUCAUCGAAAUGUGACAACACGGUACAAUUCUUCUGGUUGUCCUAACAAGAUAUGUCAUAAGUUCAAAACUGAAAUACAGAAUGCACAUAGAUACAACGGUCCGUCGUACAAAAACACUGAUGCUACCCAAUGGUGCAGUAAUUCCUGGGAAGUUGCGAAAUGUUUCAUGCCCCCAGAUGGGUAUAAAGACAAGGCAUCUGCCACAGAAACAGACUUCAAUGGGAUAAUCAGCGUUAUCCUUAAUUACAAAGACUUCCAGGGAAAAGUACAUGAGAACCUCAAUAAUAAGAUAAAUAUAUUUGAAGAGGCAAGAGAAAUUGGAAGAAAUGUUCAACAUUCAUCAAAACUUGAAGUUGAAGAUCAAGAUCUUCAGAAAUAUUUCAAAAUAUUACAGCAUCUACUUUCUGACCCCGUGUAUUUAUCUACUGACAAGCAUGCGCAGAAUGCAAAACGGAAACUUAUACAGUUGGAAAAUGGCACUCUUGUCAUAGGUAAAGAUGAUGUAAGAAAAAUACUAGAUGAUGUUGAAACAGCACUUCAAGACAAGAUGAAGGAUGGGUUAGAUAAUCAAUAUGACAAAAUUAAACAAGAUAUGAUUAGAAGAAAACAAGAAGAUCUUCUUUCUCUUGAGUCUCAAUUUGCCAAGGGAAUUAUACAGAUACAAGAUAGAACUGCUGCUCCUGUGAAAAGAUUGAAUGACGAAAGGGACACAGAAGUUGAUAUAAUUCAAAAACGAGGAGAAAGAAAACGAAAAGAUCUGGCAGAAUUAGGAGAGACUUUACAAAAGAAACUGAAAACAGCAAAUAAAGCCGAGAAAGAAGAACAAUAUUAUAUUGAUUCUAAACAAAAACUUCAAAGAGACCUGAUAAAAUUUUACAGACAAAGAUGUAGUUCAAUAUCUCUCUCACCGCUUUUUGAAGAAAUAGAGACACCUUUAACUGGGUUCUACGUGAUGCCAGAUAUGGUCGCCGUAAAACGGAAGUCCCUAACUUGUCAUGAGGAUGAGAGAACACCGAUCAAGUCUUUGAAAGACCUGUUUUCAACCGGUGCGGGUAGUGGAGAUCAGCAAGAAAUUUAUCUAUUAGCUGAUGCAGGCUUUGGAAAAACUGCUUUCUCAAAAUAUCUUGCAAUCACGUGGUGUCAAGCUCAUCGGCACGAUGAAAACUACGCCUGUUUUAAAGACGACGAGUUAAAAACGUUAUUUGACUUUGAGUUCAUAUUUUUGGUUUUAUUGAGAGACUGUACCUCUGUUUGUAACAUUGACGAUAUGAUCGAACAUCAAAUUACUAAGACACUUCCUUCAUCAGCAUCACUCGAUGAAGUUUUACGUAGAGAAAAAUGUUUGAUUAUAUUGGACGGUCUUGAUGAAUGGACUCACCCUGAUAAUAGUUGUAGUGAAGUAACAGAAAAAAUACCACAUCGGUACUUACGUAAUAAUUGUGUUAUCCUAACGACAACUUCACCGUGGAAACUUGGAGUUUCAAAUCUCAAAACAAGUCAAAUACACAAAAAAGUAGAAUUGGUUCAAUUAAGUGCGGAUUCUACGCGGCAACUCGAAGAAAAUGCUAUAAGAAAAAUGACCGGUGUCCGUGACGAUAGAUUACUGAAGAGUAAAACACAGGACUUUAAUAGAGUGAUACGUGACCGUGGCCUAGAGCACAUGCAAGUGAUUCCACUCCUCCUCUUGUAUAUAGUUUACCUUUGGUGCAACAACAUUCCAGUAGGAAAUUCAAAACAUGGAAUUUACACCAAUAUCAUUGAAUUUCUAUUAUCGAGAACGUCAAAGAAGCAUCCAGAAAUUCAACCGUCUCGUGUAUUGUCCGCCAGUGAAAUUCCAGAAUACUUCAAAAGUCAUGAAUUUUGUAAAAAGUUUUACAGUCUUAUAACAUCAUUAGCGGAACUAGCUUACCAAACACUUUAUAACGAAACAAGAGAAAAUGCGCUGGUAUUUGAUACAACGGUUGCUGAAUUAUAUCUCAAAUCAGACGACAUAAAAUUAAGUCUUCUGUCAGGAAUACUGUCAGAAAGUAGAAGUAAAACUUUAAUGAAAGAAAUUAUCAAAGUAUCGUUUUCUCACAAAACAGUUCAAGAAUUCUUUGCCGCCAUAUCUAUAAGUUCUCAAAGUGACGUUCAGAAAAAUGUUGUAGAAAAAUGUAGAAAUGUUCAAGACAUCCUGGACAUGUCAAACAUUUGUGAAUUUAUAAGUAAAAUGAAUGCUAACUCGAUGUGUGAAAUAUCAAAUGAUUUGAUGACUGUGAUAAAUGAAGACGAGGAAACACGCAUCUAUAGACCUAGGACAGGUGACGAGGACAUGUACAAUACUCCAUUGUUAUAACAUACAGAAAAUGUUCCUGUCGUGUUUACAAAAAAUGCCUGAAAGUGAAAAUAUUCAAUUAUGUUUACAAGACGUCUUCAUUGACCCGUACACCGAACACAGUGAGCAGUUACAACGUCUGUUAAAACAAAAUAUAUCUAAUAUAAAAUCACUUUAUAUAUACACCAGCACUACUUCCAGCAGCAGAGAAAUUAUUGAUUUUUUAUCUAUCACAAACCUUAGUCAUAUACAGAAACUUUACUUUGAUGGUGGCAGGAUGAAGGAGGCUGAGAUAAAUCUCUUUCUAUUUUGUGUAACCUUAAAUACAUUACAAUGUUUGAAUAUAUGUAGAUUCACAUUAUCUCACAAAAUACUGGAAAUAAUUUUAAAUUUUAUCUCCGGUCAAAAAUCAAUGAAAAGGAUAUCAUUGAGGAAGUUAGACUGUAAAGAACAUGGCGGCCAUGAUUGUAAGAGAUUGAACUUGGACUUGUCUCAACAUUCAACGAUAUCAGAGUUAACCUUGUCAUGGUUAUCUUUGAGGCUACAUUUAAAUAUAUCAACACCGUCAUUAGUUAAUGUUACGUUGUCGGACAUCAAGCUAGAUGAAAGUUCCGUGUUACUGUCACGUGACAUGUUGAAUAUUGAACGUGUGGAGUUGUUGGAUGUAGAAAUGUCUGCAGAAAGUUUACGAAACUUUAUUACCGUGUUGGAAAAUCUGCCACAGUCAGUUAAAGUAAGGAUGAGAGACAUACAACCGAAAACAGAAUAUGGACGUGUUAGAGAAAAUAUUCGGAAAUCACAAAGUUUUCAUGUGGUACAAGACAACUGGUCGGGGUUUGCGUUCAAAACAAGAAAACCAAGUAAAGAAUAAACAAAUGAAAAUCAUUGUACAAUAAACUGAAUAAAUAACUUCAAUAAUUUUAAAUGAAAACAGAAAUUUAAAGAUGGACACUUAGAAACAAAAUGGCGACCUUCAAACUACACUAUAGUCUGUAAUUAGGACAUUCAUGUACUUCUGUGUUCAAUUAAUAAAUUAUGUGAUAAUUGUUUAUGAAUAAAAACAUUUAAAUAAAAGAAAUAAUUCAAGGACUUACUGGAUAUAAAGGUUGGAUAAGGAUAUGGAAUAUUUUACCGAAAAUGAGCUUCAGUAAAACUACAGUGACAAUAUUGACAACGAACUUCAACGCUUCUAAGAGAAUUUAAUAUAAAAACUUGACAUCUGGUUUCUGGUAUUACAGAAACUUACACAAAAGGAAAUCUUCCUGGCCUUAUUGGAAACAGACUAGCUGACUUAUGCAACAGUUAUACAAUUCACCUUUUUCUUAAUUGGGAAUUUUCGUGUAAAAUGAAAUUAACAAAAUGAUUGAUUAUUAACAUUUUUGUUAACUCUGACAAAGCAAAUACUACUAGUCUUAUAUCUUUUGAAUUUCUGUAUUAUAGUUUAUUAUAUUAUUAUAUAUUAUUAUAAAUUUUAAAUUUG